AUGAGCCGAGCGCGUCCGACAUUUGAAGCGCUGCCGUACUACGACGAAGAUGGUUCAAACAAUCCCGAGCUUCUCGAAAAGGUCAAAGCGGAGAUUGCCCGCGAGAGGAAACGCCUCGGACAGCGCGUCAGCGCAGACGUCGAUCCGCGAAUCCCACCAAAAUUUCCUCUCUUUGCCAAAAAUCCAUUGUUGGCGGCUGAAUUAGAACGAAUCGAGUCGCAAGAAAAGCUCAAUGCGAUAGACACCAAGCGCUUCCAACUUCUCCCACCGGAUAAUCCAAAUGCAACGGUGGAAGAGUGGCAGGCCGCGUUAAAGAAUGCACGAGCGCAGCUAGAACAUCAACGACUACGAACUGCCAACGGUGCACUCAUGCAGCAAUAUGGUGCCAAUGCAUGGCGAGUGUACAACUACCGCCUAGAAGUCGUCGGAAAGAGUCUCGACAAGGCCAUAGAAGAGAUUAACGAUAAGGUCACAGAGGUUAACAGGAGUCGCAAAAACGACCAGUUGGCAGUGGGCAAACAACUCACUGCCUUGGAACGAAAAUGGAAUGAACUCAUCACCAGCGUCAUUCAACUAGACAUUGCAAAUGCCACACUCGAAGCCGAGAUUCAAAGUCUUGCGGAACGAGAAGCAGAACUCGAGCAAAUGGUCCAAUAG